AUGGCCAAGUGGCUGAGGGACUACCUGAGCUUUGGUGGUCGAAGGCCCCCCCCACAACCCCCCAAACCCGAUUAUACAGAGAGUGACAUCUUCCGGGCCUAUCGGGUUCAGAAGAGUCUGGACUUUGAGGAUCCUUAUGAGGAUGGAGAUGGGCAGGAGGAGCCAGAAUCCACCUGCUCCAGUUGCCCUAGCAAGCCUUCCUGUCCUGGGGACCACCAAUAUGGUUCCCCCAAACACAGGCUCAUCAAGGUGGAGUCAGGUGACCUGAACCGCAGUAAGAUGUUGCUGGGAGCUCCUGGGGAAGACAAGGUAAAUGACAGUGAGUAUUCAGAUCCCUUUGACGCCCAGCCUGAAGGUCAGUCGGGUGUCCCAGAGCAGCUUCCUGCUGACAACAGCUACAUGGAGCCCUAUGAUGCCCAGUGCUCUUUAUCCACAUUGCCUGUCAAAUACCUGCAGCUCUAUGACACCCCCUAUGAAGAGCAGGAGGCAGGGGGCAGCCCUGAGGCUGAGAAGCCCCGGCAGAGCCGCCUGCCCAGAGAUGAUGAGCGGCCUGCAGAAGAGUAUGAUCAACCCUGGGAAUGGAAGAAAGACCACAUCUCCAGGGCUUUUGCAGUGCAGUUUGAGAAUCCUGAAUGGGAGCGAGCCCCAAGCCUGGCUAAGGAGCUACGGAGGCCCCCAGAGCAUAGCCCCCAGCCAGCUGAGCAUGUGGACCCAGCCCUGCCCCUGGAGAAGCAGCCGUGGUUCCAUGGCUCCCUGAGCCGGGCUGAAGCUGAGAGCCUCCUGUCCCUGUGCAGGGAAGGCAGCUACCUUGUCAGGCAGAGUGAGACCAGUCAUCCAGACUUCUCUCUGUCCCUCAGGAGCAGCCAGGGCUACAUGCAUAUGAAAUUCACCCGAACAAAGGAGAACAAGUUUGUGCUGGGUCAGCACAGUGGGGUCUUCUCCAGUGUGCCUGAGGUUGUACAUCACUACAGCAUCCGCCCACUGCCUGUGCAAGGCACUGAACACCUGUCCCUGCUCCACCCCAUCACUGUGCAGAUCCCCUGACAGCCUUCGCACAGUGCCUGGAGUACAUGGUACCCAACGGGCACCCCUGUGGCCUCAUGCCCAAUUGUCCCUCCUGGGCUGCUGCUUCUGGCCAUGGUACUCCCAUCCCAGGCAGAAUCUCUGAGCUGGAAGAGACCUCAGACCAUCCAGUCCAACCUCUCCUCAGCAACAUCUCUGACUAGUGGCCAGCCACUCUUUGAAAACCUCCACUGAUGGGAAACUGACAACCUCCGGAGGUGAUCCAUUUCACUUCCAGAUGGCUUUUGUGGUUAUCUAAUUGACAUCUGCCUCUCAGAAGCAUCUCUCCAUCACUCUCAGUUCUGGCCUUGGAGACCAAUAGAGAACCUGUCUUAUCUCUGUCUCAUAUGCCAGGCCUUAAGAUGC